AUUUUUCUGAAAUAUAUACAUGCAUGUGUGUGUAAUGUAUUUAUAUAUAAAUAAUAAAUAUACACAGCAAACACAUUAUGUAAACAAAAACUUUUAUAUUGGAAGCGAUUAAUUGUUUGACAGCACUAAAUGGUAGUCACCAAUUCAACAUGGUAUUGCUAUACAACUGUAUCCAAUAAAGCAUGGUAUUUUGGAAGUGUAUUCUGUCCUAAAACAGUCCACUGUGUGCUGAAGUGCUGUCCUCUGGUUUCUCUCAGCGCUGACUUCCCAUCAGGCCCCUCACAUGUUUAAUAGAACGUAAUCCCUUGAAAUGAAUCACGGUUGAAUUCCAAGAAAGCAGCACAAUUGAGGGAGGAGGUGAAUUAAUGCGGCGAAGACAUAUUGCGACGAACAUGGAAACAGAGGUAGAGAGAAGGAGCAGAUGUGUCAGAGUUUCUUGGCCUACUUCUUUUCCAGUCCUGCAGUGUGAGAAUCUCUCUGAGCUGGGAGUAAUGGACACAGGGGGAGGCUGAGCUUUACGCUUUCUCCACGGUUGCAGCGCCAGACCUUUCCAGAAUGGAAUGUUGCGUUUCCUGCUCAGUUUCUGCCAUGUGUUUCUCAAUUCCCCCUUCUGCCUUAAUCUCUCUGUCUGCGUGUGUCUUUGUUCUCGGACUGUUCCUUUGUCACCGUCUCAUCCACAUGGACGCAUGCUGAAAGAUUAAUCAAAUUUGUGUGUGAGUAUAGUUACAUAGAAAUGGUUACAUGUUUUAAUUUAUGCAAUUACAUUAGAUCUCUAGAAUGAGAUUGUCCCUCCCCCUAAAUAGCACCUGCAACUGACUAGCAAUAGCAUGUCGCAGAAAAAAGAAAAAAAAAACCUGGAAAGAAAAAAAAACCUGGAAAGAAAACUGCGCUCAAGCACAUUUAAUACUUUAUUGUCAAUUAUUCAACUAUUCGUUCAGGCAGCCCACCAACUAACAGCCCUAGUUUGUUAACCGUUGAUAAAAAGACAUCUUUCUUAGAUUCUCAGUGAUCUUUCACUGUCAUCUUAAUUCCUCAGAAACUUUUUAUCUUUUGCCUUUAUGCCAUUCUUGUGGCAUCAUCAUUAUCAUCAUCUUGUUCCCUUUAGUAUCUCUUCAAACACACACAAACUUUAUUCUGUUUUAGCUCCUCCUUCACCCAUAACAGUAUUGUCAGUGUUAUCAUGUCCUACAUAAAGCAUAAAAGAACUCUUAACAUGGACGAGCUCUCUGGAGUUCAUUAAACCCCUGGAAACGUUCCACUAAUGCUCCCCUGUUAUGUAAACAGUGCUUGUGAAAGUUGGGGGUGGCAUUUUUUUAACUAUCAGAGGGCUGCUCGCUCUUCCUUAACAGACAUUUUCUAAGGUCACCUUCCUGAUAUUUCCUGCUUUUAAGUUUUGAUGUCAAGAGGUUGUCCUUCUGAAACUCUAGUCCUUGUGGAAUGUUGCCCUUCCACUCGUCAGCAUUAGACGGUUUACCGUUGUUGCCAGCGGCAAUAUUCAUCAGAGGUCGGGAAGUAAGACAAGAAAAUGCAAUGGAAAAUCUUGCUUUCUUCUGUUUCUUCUUCUGUCACAGUUCUCUGAAAAGUGGUACCAAAGGGUAAACUUCUUGCCUAUAGUAAUAUGCGUAUGGUUCAAUGACACAACGCUCAUUUUUGUGUCUGCAUCUGUCAUUAUAUUUAAAAAAUGUUAAAAAUGCAAUUCAUACAGUGACUUGGAUGAUGAGCAUAUUUUAUAAUUCCAAAUUUCUUUGGUCUGCGCAAGUUAACAAAUAUCAGGGUGACACAGUUGUCCUUCUGAUAUUAUGAUGAAGGAAUAUGAUUUGAAUAUGAUAUGAUUUAAAAUGAUUUUUUUUAUUUAUUUAUUUUUUUUUAAGAAGAGUUUAAUAAGGAAGCAGUUUGGUAAAAUGUUCUAUUAAUAAUAAUAAAUAUUUAAAAUAAAUAUUUUAACAAAUCCGCUUUACUGCUUUAUUAACAUUUGAAAAACGUUUUGCUGCCAAAUCAGCCAAGUGGUGCAACCAACAUUCAAAUAACUAAAACAAAACAUAAAAAGGAAAUUAAAUCAUAAAAGGGACCCCUGUAAACCCUCAUGGAUGUGUGUCAAGGUCAAUAAAUAUUUUAAAAUAUCAGUUAUUUUGACAUUUUUACGAGAAGAAAAAGUUCAUUAUAGUUAUGAAAUAUUAAUUCAUGAUAUUUGUUUAAAAAACUUUAAAAACUUUUUACUAGAAUUCUAAAAAACAUGAGUAAGCUAUGUAGGCUGACAUGUUUUCAAGGUGUAAGAAAAAUGCUUACUUUUUGCUUGAUGGUCACACAAUAUAAAAUUUUUAUGUCAUUAAUUUUAAAAACUAACAUGUUUCAAAGAACUUGUGUUUUAAACUAGAUUUUUAUUUUUUAUGGACAUUUUUUUCACUAAUUAGCUAAAAACAACACCAGUACAUAUUGUUCUCUUUAGACUUCCAUAGGUUCAAAACUGUUCAAAUCAAAUCCAUUUGGUGAUUAAUUCUAUUGUCAGCUUCUGGUCAUAUGACUAAAGACUUUAGAUGUAAAAGCAGAUGUGUGUUGAAAGACUAGAUGUGAUGGUAUUUAGUCACCCUGUAAACCAGGGUACUUUCAGGGAACUUCAGGGUAUUUUUGGAAAUAGUUUAGAAGUUUAGCAAGCAUGUAAAGUAAUAGUUAAGAAACAGUUUUUGUUUUCAAUUCCAAAACCUAACUUUAACAAGUUAAGCAUUAACAUCAGUCUUGGAUCAGAUAUUAACCUGAACAUCUGUCAGCGCUGUACUGAGAACCUGGAGUGUGUCAGCAUAAUGAGGGCAGGAAUGGACUGUACUGUCAGAGGCUGUUUGAUAGACUGCCAGCAUCGGGCCAGUACUCAAACUUACCCUGGGCCACAUUCCUGAUGUAUUACCCGAGUAAACACUGUCUGCAUGGGGGCCCUGGGAAACUUGUGCAUGAAACGUAAAUAUUUAGACAAUGUCAGCGUCCAUUCAGAAUGUUCCGGACAAUAAGAAACCAGGUUACAGUUGGUGGAAUACAUCUAUUUUGAAUGAUCUGAUCUAAGAUCAUUCAUCUCAGUACAGCUAUCACUGCAAUUUAAAAUCAGACAUUUUGAAACUGCUUUGAGGAUUUUUCUCAGUAUAUAUCCAAAUAUUUAUUGCCAAGGAAGUGAGAUUGUUUGCUCAACUUCAUCGGCAGAUUAUUGCACACCAGUGGAGAUAAUUUUAUUUCUGUCAUGACAACUCUCGGAGGGAUUGGCAUAGUAAUGUACAUGACAAUAUAUUUGAUUUUGGCGGAAUAGUUCUGCUACGCUGCAGCAGAGUAAGUACCGAGACUUGCUACUGCCAAUACAUCCACAACAUGCUGCUGUGAUCAUGUAAGAAAUAUUUCUACCUUGUAGCAGAGCUAUACAGGUGGAGCUGGGGAAGGUGGAGGGUUUCUGAAGCACCCUGCGAAACUGCUACAACAAGCACUGGUCAUAUAUUUGAAUGUUGAGCAGAGAGCUCAUUGGCUACCGAUACAGGAGAGAACCAAUCAGCUGUGCCAUGUGAUAAUCAUGUCAUUAGGUCAGAUUGAGUUAGACCUAUCGGAAUGCGCAUCUGCAGUUUCAUGCCAGAACUCUGUAUACAGCUUAUAUGUGUAUUGAACACUCCCAUUUCUUAAAAAAAAAAAAAAAAAAUCCAAGAGCAUGAAGACUUUCAAUUUUUUGAAACAGCAAGAGCAAUUUUUUUUAUUAAUUGCACUCCUUUCAGAUUGCUUGACAGCAAGCUGUUGCCCAGAACCCAUGUUGCUCUUGGCUCAGUUUAGUUGCUCUUGAAAGAGACACGGAUGGCAGCGGUUAGAAAUAUGAGGAAGGAAUAAUUGCUGUCUGUGUUAGGGCAAGCCAGGUGUUUUAGUUUCUUAUCAGAGGACUUGCGGUUUGCCACCUGUUUCUACAUUACUCAACUUUUCUUAGCAGGUGGAUCCUUUGCUCACUUUGACCUGGAUUUGUCUGUUGACAACAUGUUAGGAUAAUUGAUGGCUCACAAUGGUCAACUAAUCAACUAGUCCUCCAACAACCAACUAGACCAGUUGGACAAAUGCCCCCUAAUGUGAUGACAAAUGUCCCCACCCCCCAUGAAAAAAGGUCAAAUGCAUAAAUGUAAUAAAAUAUAGAUGUUAUAUAGUCACUAACUCUCUGUCCAGCAGUUUUUGCAUGUGAUUGUCCCAUGUACAUUCAUCUCAUGUCUUGUUUUCAUUUGCGUCUGGCAUCUACCCCGAGGAAGGUUUGUUAGCUCAUAAUUCAUCCACUAAUAAUUCAUAUUUGGAUUAUUGUAGCAUACAGAAAUUGAAGAGUAAUGGGUCAAAUUUCUUAGCACACUAAACAAGAUCAGAAGCCCCUUGUGAAAGUGAAAAUUUUUAAAUGGUUAAUAGACUAUUUUGACAUUACAGUAAACUCCAAAACCCAAACCCGAUAAUCUGGAUUAAAUAAAACAGGACACUUUUGAGGUUUCGGGCAAGCAACAUAGAGAAAUCAUUUUUAUAAACCACAAUUACUUUUUUUCAACUGUUAUAUUAGUCAGAUUUCAGAUAUGUAUCGCACGCCCAGUCUCUGAUAAUUAGCUCUACUCAUUUUGAUGUAAGUUGGAGUGUUAACAGCAGCAGGCAGGUUUGAAGGUGUGUAGAUAACUGGCAGUGAUCCAGCUCACCUAUCCUUACAGCCACACCUGAUGGAAUGCAUUAGUUAGUUCAGUGUACGAGCUUACUGCAGCAGUAUUGUUAAGCGUGUGAACAAAGGAGUACGGCUCAAGACAAAUGGUCAACAGUUAGAAGAGUUCAGUGGAGUUUUCUCAUCCAGGACGUCUUUGGUGGAAAGGAGGUGGAAAUCUAGUGGCUUGGCGUUUGGGACCUUGCGGACCGGCUGUGUGUUUUGGAGCAACUUGAGGAGCUUCUUCAGUCCAGUGACCCUAGCGAUUGUCAGCACCAUGAGCAGCCAGUAGUGACACACGACAGCGUCUACAACAGCCACACAGAUGUUUCGGAAAAAAGCCUCAUCCUCCUUGAGAAUGCGAGGAAUAUCAGAAAACAAUAGACGGAGUGUGGACCGUGCCCGAAGCUCCUCCUUCCAUGAGGUAGGCAGGUCACGGGAGCUGGAAAUGAGGGCGGCAGCCUCAGUUUCCGAGGACACAUCGGCUAGCAGCAGUAGCGGUAGUGGCCAUACGGUUCUGCAACGGCUAUUACAGGAGCAAAUGCGCUAUGGCGAGGGCCGAAAUUAUCUUGCCUUGCAGCAACAACAACAACAACAGCAGCAACAACAACAAGGUCCAGUAAGUGGAUACCCGGGCCCUGGCAGCCCAGGGGACGAGCACUCGAUGGUCCCUCACAUUGCGAGGCAAGAGCCUCAGGGCCAGGAGCUGCAGGCCGACAGUGGCAUGGAGAAGCUUAGCACACGCACUGCAGGAGGAGGCAGUGGAGGCACGGGGUCAGGUGGUGGAAGCUGUGUGAGCGGACAAGGGCAGAAUCUUGAAGACUUGCCCACCUAUGACCAAGCCAAGGUGCAGUCGCAGUAUUUCCGUGGCCAUCAGCCCCAGCAGCCUCAACCACAGAUACCCCCGUCAGUAGGUGCUGCAUUUUAUGUGACUGGUGUCAGCAACCCUAAGGUGCGACCCCCAGAGGGCAGGCCCACGGUGCAAAGAGUGAACGGAGGCAAAGUACACCAAGAUGACGGGCUCAAGGAUCUUAAACAAGGCCAUGUACGUUCACUCAGCGAGAGACUAAUGCAGCUCUCGCUGGCUACAAGUGGGGUCAAGGCCCAUGCACCUGUUACCAGUUCACCACUUUCUCCCCAGCUUCCUCCACCUGGACUUCCUGGAGACUACUAUAAACCCACUGGGCCCCCACACAGAGGCCCACCUCCAGACUACCCUUUUAAAGGAAUGCCCUCUCCACCCAAACAGCAGCAGCACCAUCAGCCUCAGCACCAGGAGCCUGGACACUUCUACCCAGACCACCGUGGCACAAGCCAGCCAACCAGGGCUGACAUUCCUCAUGUACGGUACCAGCCACCACCUGAAUAUGGCUCUUUCCGGUCAAAUAAGGAGAGUUCAAGUCACUCUCAAAGGUCUGUCCAUCACCACAGCCCUUCAUCUUCUGUUACAUCAGGGGGCUCUCUCUCCCGUGCUCAGUCCUCCACUCUCAGCAGCAUCAUGGCCUCUUUCCACCCUCCUCCACCUAUGGGUCACCAGGGAGAGCCCUUUCCCACUGGUGCUCGUAACCCACAGGGGCCUGGUUCCCACCAGGGGGAUCCAUACGGUCCAGGUCACCAUCCCCAUCAGCGGAGCCACGCGUUUCCUCAUGAUCCUUAUGGGUCAGCUCCCAGGGGUCUCCACAUGCAUCAGCACCAGUACCACCAACAGGGCCCCCAGCAGCAGCAACAGAGUCCAGGACAACACUACCCACAUCCACACUCCAUGCAGGGAGAUCCUUACGCCAUGCUAGCCCGUGCCCAGCAGAUGGUGGAUAUGCUGUCAGAAGAAAACCGCUUGCUUAAGCAAGAGCUGGAAGUGUGUGGGGAGAAGGUGUCCAAACUACAAAAGCUGGAGACUGAGAUCCAGAUGGUGUCUGAAGCCUAUGAGAACCUGGCCAAAUCAUCCACAAAGAGGGAAGCUCUCGAGAAGACAAUGAGAAAUAAACUGGAGAUGGAGGUGCGCAGGAUGCACGACUUCAACAGGGAUCUAAGAGAGCGAAUGGAAACAGCCAACAAGCAGCUCGCUGCAAAAGAGUGUGAAGGCACCGAGGACAAUCGCAAAACCAUCUCACAGCUUCUGGUUCAAAUUAAAGAGAUUCAAAGAGAGAAGGAGAAGCAGGAUAUUGAGUUGAAUUCACUUCGCUCCACCAACGAGGACCAGCGCAGACACAUAGAGAUCCGUGACCAGGCCUUGAAUAACGCCCAAGCCAAAGUGGUCAAACUGGAGGAGGAGCUGAAGAAAAAGCAGGUAUAUGUGGAGAAGGUGGAGCGGAUGCAGCAGGCUCUAGCACAGCUUCAGGCUGCUUGUGAGAAGAGAGAACAGCUUGAGCAUCGGCUACGCACUCGACUGGAGAGAGAGCUCGAAUCACUCCGAAUGCAACAGAGGCAGGGUGGUUCUCAGAACCCAGUUAGUCCUGAGUUCAGCACAGCGGCUCUGAUGGAGCACCUGAGAGAAAAAGAGGAGAGGAUUUUGGCCCUGGAGGCCGACAUGACCAAAUGGGAGCAGAAAUACCUGGAGGAGAGCGUCAUGAGACAGUUCGCGCUGGACGCCGCUGCUUCUGUGGCCACACAGAGAGACACGUCCUCUGCUAUCAUCAGCCAUUCCCCCAGCAGCAGCUACGACACUUCGGUGGAGGCACGUAUCCAGAAAGAAGAAGAGGAGAUCCUCAUGGCUAACCGCCGCUGUCUGGACAUGGAGAGCAGGAUCAAGAACCUGCAUGCUCAGAUCAUAGAGAAGGACGCCAUGAUAAAGGUACUGCAUCAGCGCUCGCGGAAAGAGCCAGCCAGCAAAUUAGAUGCCCCUGCCAUGAGGCCCUCCAAGUCCCUCAUGUCCAUAGCUAUGGGCACCGGCAGCUCCAGCGGCUCCGGGCUGCUGUCACACUCUCUGGGUCUCAGCGGAAGCAGCCCCAUCACGGAGGAGCGCAGGGAAGACCGCAGCUGGAAGGGCAGUCUGGGUGUUCUGCUCGGCCCAGAGUUCAGAGGUGACUCUCUGAGGACAGAGUCCAUCUCCUCCUCUCCAUCUCCAGUCCUGCCAACCGCCACACACUCAAAGACUGGCAGCAGAGACAGCUGCACCCAGACGGAAAAGGGUCAGGAGGCCAGCAAGCCGAGCACACCUGCCCUGCAGAGCGUAUCCGGACCGAGCCGGAUCAGCAGCCCGAGCCCAGUCUACAUACCCGACCGCAUCGCCGAUGUGCCAGUAUUUCACAGCAGUACAUUAGAGAGGAGAGCGCCAGUGCAGUUGCUCCCGCAGCAGAGCCUGCCGCCGCCACUCCCAGCGCAGGACGUGGACAGUGAGAUGGUGGAGAUACUCAUCUGAUCACACACACGUUGAUAAAGAAACAACUCUAAGCAGGUGAAGGAAUCCGUGCACUUCUCUUCUCUCCGUUACUCUCAGAUUGUCAGGAUGCUUAGGAAUGCAUUCAAAUCUGCGAACAACAAUAUACGACGUCAUUUACGAUCAACACUCUUUUUGUACAGUAUUGUCUGGUGGUCUUUUUUUCCCCUCCAGACCCUCGGACCAAAUAAAUUGGCAUAAUUUUUUUUACAUUUAUUGCACUACUUUGUGUUUGUUUUUACAUAUUUUUUUUGGGUAUGCAAUUGUUUUGUUGUGUAUAUGUACUAAUAAUACAAAUGUGGCACUUGAUUAUCAAGCGAUAUGGUGACUAGCUGAACAGUUGUUACAUGUAAAUACUGAAUCGGAAUACUGUAAAACUGAAUGUCGUAGGGCCUUUUGUAUUCUAGGACGCAUUGUCUGUACAGCACGUACUGUACGCUUCACCGCGCACUGUUUAAGAGCAAUGGACCAACAAGCGUUUACCUGUCCACAAGCUCAUGUAUCCGUAUGUGAAAGUAUGAGUGACCCAACUGGUUUUGGGUUUGUCUGUGUCAGAGUCUGUAGUUUUCCAAUCAGAACUGAGGUCCAUCAUUCCAGUAGAGCUACAGCAGCCACAACGUGCCUUGAGUGCGAGGCACCACACUUAGCACGUGGUGGUAUUUCCCGGUCUGUCCUUUCACCGUUUGGAAAGCCUCCAAAUCUGUUGUUUCAAUGUGAUGGUUACUCCUUAUUCCUCGUUUUAUUUUGUAGAUAACAAAUUAGCUUUUUUUCCAGUCUCGUGGUUGCAAGACAGACAUUUAGCUCUUGACCAAAGGAAUCCGUUAAAAAAAAGACAAAUUAACGCAAAUAAAGCAGGGCCAAGCAACGAUCCUCAUGUUAUUUAGAGGGUCUGAUGUAAUUCAAGAUUACAUGGAUGUGUAAAUGAGAUUCUUCCAUGAAAUCAGUAAAUAUCUAUGAAACCAUCUGAUUUCAAUGCUUUUAUUAUUUUGUCAUGUGCUUUAAAGGUUUCAGAAUUUCUUCAGAACGACCUCUGGAUCUAAAUUGUAAGUGAUUUUCUGCUUGAUGCUCAGUCCCUGACGCUUACGCACGUCAUUGUGACGUCUGUUCGAUAUGUGCGUUUUCAUCUGGAACAUGUCACAUUUCAAGUGUUUGCACAUCUGAACCAUGUUUCUAAAACGUUCCCUGGCAGAUGUUACAACAACAUUGAGCUGAUUUAUUUGUGAAUUCACUCGUGUUUCUCAGGUGCUUAUAAACAAAUAUGACAAAUAGUCAAAUAGACAAAUAGUCUCGAAGAUGUCUUGCAGUGUAUUUUUGUCAUUUCUGAAUGAAUAAACAUUCAAACGCAAGUUUUUAAAGCAGGUCAUCAUGUCAAAGAACUCAAAACUUCAGAUGAAUAAUUCUAGAUGUUCAAAACUUUAGUAUUUAGUAUUAAUAUUUACAAUUCCACUCAAAAGUUUGGGGUCUGUAAGAUUUUUUUUUUUCUAAAUUCUAUUUUAAUAUAUUUAUGUAUUUUAAUCCUGUGAUAGCAAAGAUGAAUUCUCACCAGCCGUCACAUGAUCCUUUAGAAAUAAUUCUAAUUUAUUGAUUUGGUCCUUAAGAAACAUUUUUUAUUUAAAGGUUGAACACAGUUGCGCUGCUUGAUAUUUCUUUUGUAUCAAUAUUUUCUGAAUAUUAAUAAGAUCCUAAUACAUUUUCUGCUAGAUAAAAGUAAAAUUAAAAAAAAAAAAAAAUCGUACUAACCCCAAACUUUUGAGUGGUUAAACUUGGCACUAAGCAAAUUUUGCCCCCUGUAGGACACACAAAUUAUUGCAGUAUAAAACCCAUUCCUCUUAAGGGGUCAGCUGGUGCAGGAAAUGUCUUGUUUUGAGCCAAUCAUCUGAGCCCUAAAUGCCAUGUGACUAAUGUGGAGCCAUUAUAUAAUGAUUUCGAAAAUACAGAGCUAAAGAAAUAAGAUCCAACAUAGCAGUUUCAUGUUUUUGGUUAAGAGACAACCACAUAGAAUUCUAAUAGAAUCAAACCUGAUUAAAAACAUUUUUUUAUAUAUAUAUAUUUUCCCUAAAUAUUUGAUUUCAUUUUUUUUUUUUUUUUGUGGAAACAUGGACCAAAUUCACUUGCAAGUAAUCAAGUAUUUGAGCACAGUCUCAGUUCAGCACAUUGUGUGCGUUGGUACUUGACAUUUUGUACACAAUCAGUCUUUUCUCAUUCGCUUGAGAGAUAGAAACUAGUUAUUUGUCUUCCUUCCUGUCUUUUUUUCGAUUAAAAUCUGAAAGAAGCAUUUCCAGCAUUGUUAGAUCACCCAUUGUCAAUGCUCAACAGCUGUGUAUUUAAGACAAUUUCAGCAAGUUUGAAGAGCACUAAUCUAAUUUGGGCACAAACUAAGACAAUGGACCAAAGAGUGGACUGAGACAAAGGUGGAACAAAAUACUGAUAAACAAGCUCAUUACAUUUCAAAUACAGUACCCUGAAUGCAAACUGAUACUGUCCCUAUCAUAAUAAGCUUUAAACUGGUCUACAUACAGAAAAAACCCUCAGGAGUUAAAGUUUAACCGUACUGGUCAGUGAUUGUGAGGCUAAUCUGGUCAAGCAAGUCAAGAUUUCAUUACCACGUUUAUCAGUUUGUUCCACCUGAAGCCUCAGUCUUAUCUAAACAAUUCUUGAUGGUCUUGCUACAUUUGAUACUUUAUAGUUUGAGUUUCUAAAGAAGAAUGUGUUGGUCCAUCUCAGGACGAAUAAUGAGAAUGUGUUUUUGUAUUAUUUUGUAUAGUAUGUACCCUUAUGUCCCAAUCAAUGGGCAUUUUACUUUUUUUUUUUCCUCACGAGGAAUGUUUUUACGUUCAUUUCACUAGUAUUGGUUUCAUUACAAAAUGUCACUCUAGUUGCUGCUUGACAAUGUUUUUACUGUACAAUGAUGAUUAAUUUGAAUUCAAUUGUAUUCCUAUUCAUCAUUUCUUAUCUUAUCUCAUGCAGAUUUUGUAUAAGGCUUUGCAUUUUUCAUUUGGUUUAUAGUCUAAAGCGUUUCAAUAACUUUUUCCUUGGUUAAUUUAAUUUUUUAAUAAACUGAUCCAUUUGCA